AUGGCCAACGCUCCUCACGGUGGUGUCCUCAAGGACUUGCUUGCCCGCGAUGCUCCUCGUCAUGAUCAGCUCGCCGCCGAGGCCGAGACGCUCCCCGCGGUCGUCCUGACCGAGCGCCAACUGUGCGAUCUGGAGUUGAUCAUGAACGGUGGUUUCUCUCCUCUCGAGGGUUUCAUGAACCAGGCCGACUAUGACCGUGUCUGCCAGGACUGCCGUCUUGCCGAUGGCAAUGUUUUCUCCAUGCCCAUCACCCUCGAUGUCACCCAACAGAUCGUCGACGAGAACAAGCUCAAGGCCGGUGCCCGUAUUACUCUUCGUGACUUCCGUGAUGACCGUAAUCUGGCCAUCCUGACCAUUGACGAUAUUUACCGUCCCGACAAGAAGAAGGAGGGCGAGCUGGUCUUUGGUGGUGACCCCGAGCACCCCGCCGUCGUUUACUUGAGCGAAACUAUCAAGGAGCUGUACAUUGGUGGCAAGGUCGAGGCCGUGAACAAAUUGAACCACUACGACUAUGUCGGUCUGCGCUACACUCCCGCGGAGCUGCGCGUUCACUUCGACAAGCUGGGCUGGUCCCGCGUCGUCGCUUUCCAGACCCGUAACCCCAUGCACCGUGCUCACCGUGAGCUGACGGUCCGCGCGGCUCGCUCCCGUCAGGCCAAUGUCCUGAUCCACCCCGUCGUCGGUCUCACCAAGCCCGGUGACAUCGAUCACUUCACCCGUGUCCGUGCCUACCAGGCUCUUCUGCCUCGCUACCCCAACGGCAUGGCCGUUCUGGGUCUGCUGGGUCUGGCGAUGCGUAUGGGUGGUCCUCGUGAGGCCAUCUGGCACGCCAUCAUUCGCAAGAACCACGGUGCCACUCACUUCAUUGUCGGCCGUGACCACGCCGGUCCCGGUAGUAACUCCAAGGGCGUCGACUUCUAUGGUCCCUACGAUGCCCAGCACGCCGUGGAAAAGUACAAGGACGAGCUUGGCAUCGAGGUCGUUGAGUUCCAGAUGGUCACCUACCUGCCCGACACCGACGAGUACCGUCCCGUCGACCAGGUUCCCCAGGGUGUCAAGACCCUGAACAUCUCCGGCACUGAGCUGCGCCGUCGUCUGCGUACCGGUGCUCACAUCCCCGAGUGGUUCUCCUACCCCGAGGUUGUCAAGAUCCUGCGCGAGUCCAACCCUCCUCGCGCCUCGCAGGGUUUCACCAUCUUCCUGACUGGCUACAUGAACUCCGGCAAGGACGCCAUUGCCCGUGCCCUGCAGGUUACCCUGAACCAGCAGGGUGGUCGCUCUGUCUCCCUGCUCCUGGGCGACACUGUCCGUCACGAGCUCUCCUCCGAGCUGGGCUUCACUCGUGAGGACCGCCACAAGAACAUCCAGCGCAUUGCCUUUGUUGCCUCUGAGCUGACUCGCGCUGGUGCCGCCGUCAUUGCUGCCCCCAUCGCUCCCUAUGAGGAGUCCCGUAAGCACGCCCGGGACAUCAUCACCCAGGCGGGUAACUUCUUCCUCGUUCACGUCGCCACUCCCCUCGAGCACUGUGAGAAGACCGACAAGCGCGGUAUCUACGAGCGUGCCCGUCGCGGUGAGAUCAAGGGCUUCACCGGUGUCGAUGACCCCUAUGAGAUCCCUGAGAAGGCCGACCUCGUCGUGGACUGCUCCAAGCAGACGGUCCGCAGCAUCGUGCACGAGAUCAUUCUUGUGCUCGAGAGCGAGGGUUUCUUUGAGAAGACUCAAUAG